UCUAGGUCGCUAACUGGGCUGCUGUCAACAUGCAAGCGUUGUGGACAAUACGUGUUGUGGACCGUAAAAUGUGUUUAUUGGCAAACAUAUAUUCAUUUGAUUAACUGUGUGCAAGUAUAAUGGUCAAAUAGGUUGUAAUUGUGAGGAAAGCGUGUUUUUCUAUUAAAAAUGACCCGAAACGUGACGUUUCACUUUCACAUAUGUGAACAUGUAUUUGAGCAUGUGUUCAAGGAGGUACACUUGAUCUCAUGUUUCAACAGAUAGCGCCCUCUACCAACCACCUGGAUACAAGCCACGCGGACUGCUAUUGUUAAUCAUACAUUUGCAUAUUAAUACGCUCAAAGUUACACGUCAAAAUAACACCGGAUUUUUUUUCUGUGGAAACACAACCAAAUGGCUUCGUCAUGUAGGUCCUGAUAAGGCCUCGAAAUACAACUGUUGGCAACUGUUGGAGGGUGUAUUCAUUAGGAACUUGUACCUUGGUCUCCUCCGUAGUGGACACUAUCACCAGCGAUUAAAAUGUCGCAGGAUGGAAGAGGACAGAUGGAAUCAGUUCUUGAUGACGACAAAAGUAAUUUCAAAACAAAGUCAGGAGAAGACUCAUCGGAUGGAAAUAAUAAACACAUUCCACUGUCUUCAGCGACAAAAGGGGAUGAUUCAGGAGAUGUUGAGGAUAGACUGUUGGGGGGUGGAGGUGACGGAGGUGAUGGUGGAGCAGUGGAAGGUAGUGCACAACCUGAAGAAGAUGACGGUCUUCCCAUCGACCACGGUUGGGCGUGGGUGGUAUUAGCAGGUAGUGUUCUGAAUGUGUUUAUGAUGGUGGGAUAUGGCAAAGCCAUCGCCAUAUUCUUUGUGGCGUACCUGAAGGAAUUCGAGGCAUCUGCUGCAACAACAACUCUAUUCAUGGGAGUUAUGGCAGGAACGUUCAGCUUAUCGUCACUCUUUUCCAUGAACGUGAUUCUACAAUUGAUUGGAGAGAGGAAAACUGUUAUCAUCGGUGGGACAAUAGCAGUUAUAGGAAUGCUGACAGCCGUGUUCGCUACCAGUAUUACAUACCUAAUCUGCACACACAGCAUUCUCAUUGGUAUAGGUCAUUCCAUGAUUCACGGCCCCGCACUGGUACUGAUCGGAAAGUACUUCAAGAAGAGAAGAGCCAUUGCAACAGCAGUUGCCAUGUCUGGCAUCAGUUUGGGGGGCAGUGUCUUCCCACCUCUAGCCAACUUCCUACUGAAUGAAUAUGGAGUCAGAGGAAGUAUGUUGAUCCUCACAGGGCUGACAAUGAACGUGUGGGUCGGGGCAGCCCUGUUUAGACCAUUAAGUUAUUUUCAAAAGAAGGCAGCAAAGAACAGAUCAGUCAUGAAUAAAGAACAUGGAGAUGGAGAUGAUGAUGUUGCUAAAGACUCUUCUGUAAAGAUGGCUGUUGAUGACUCUGGUGGAAACAAUGCAGGGCUCUGUGACAGUCAAAUGGACACAGACAAAGAAAAGGUUGUUAAUAAAAGAAACAGACCUGAUUCGGCUAUUAGCUUUGGAUCACAAAUAGAUGAACAUUCCGAAUGUCAACUAAGAAUGUAUAAAAGCAACCCUGAUUUGACAUCAAUGUCAUUGGUGGAUAUACGAGAGGUUCAUCCACAAUAUGCUGACGAUCAACAAGAAACACGGCUACACAAAAGUGCGUGCAUGCAUGUUAAACAAGCUUUCGCAGCAUUUGACUUUUCCUUGUUCAAACAACCAAUGUUUCAGCUGAUUGCAGCAUUUUCUCAUUUUGGUAUAGUGUUUACAUUAGCAGGAGCAUACCUUCCUGUCCUAGCAAAUGAAAAAGGCAUUCCACCAACAGAGGCAGCCUUUUUGUUGACUAUUGCAGGUGUGCUUGAUUUCUGCGGUAGACUUGCACUCGGAUUCGUGGCUGAUCUCAAAUACAUCAAAAUCAAUCAUUUGAUGGCUAUUGGAAUAGUAAUAUCUGGAACAGUGGCUCAAUUCGCCUCUUUUUACAACACGUACGCACUUUUCAUCGUAUUCUCCGUGCUUGCCGGGAUAUUUGGCAGUUUUUAUAAUUGCCUGAUUCCUAUUGCCAUUGUUGAGUUUAUGGGACUGAAACACAUGGCCAAAGUUCUUGGAUUUAUAUCUGUGUUUCAUGGACUUGCCAUGUGUCUAACACAUCCAAUCAUGGGGGCAAUCCGUGACCUGACUGGCUCGUACAACUUGUGCUUUAACUAUAUUGGAAUAUGCAACUAUAUCUGUGCCAUAUUGCUUCUGUGCAUACCACUAGUCACAAAGAAGACACCAACGACACCAAAAGCAAAGGAAUUGGAAGAAGGCCAACCACUGAAAAAUGACUGAGAUUGAAUAUUUUAAGAGUGGUUAGUGUGUGUCCAUUCAUCGAAAUACUAGUACACAUUCGUGUAUAGAGUUGUGCAGCCACUGGUGUGUUGUGUUUGUGUACCGCAACAUAUUGGAACAAUGUCGUAAACAUUGUGUAUAAAAUAGACAUGUGUC